AUGGCCCAAAGUACGAAAUAUCGAGAAAGAAAAAGAAAGCGUAGCUAUGCAAAAAACCCAGUAGGUGUCCUAACGCCCUCUAGCCGUAUUCAUGUCAUGUCAUCAUCCGAACUCAAAUUCCAAACCAUGCAAACCAGGCAAACCGACACCUGCUCCCAGAGAAUUGAAACCAAGCAACCCAGCACCAGAGACGGACGCAAUCCCUAG